AUCCGCUUACGAAAGAAAUAUUGUGCAACACGAAGUCUAUGCGACCACCAAUAAAUAAAAAGAACGAUUGUUCGAUGGUUCCAAUAGUUCGGCAAAUUGAAUCUGCCCCACGAACAGCGUGCUGAUUGGUGAUCGUUUCUAAUUGGAAUGUGACGUAAUGACCAGCAGAAUUUAAUCGUUUUCGAUGAUUGAUUAUACAAAAAGGUUAGAAGAACCGAUUAAACAAGAAGCAAGGAGAAAUCCUCCGUAACUUGUCCCGUCUAAUGGCAAUUGUUAAUGAUACUCAUGCGGCCAAGCUGUGGAUAGGCCUAUACCAAAACUAUUCAGACAAUGUCGUUUUUGAAUGAAAAAGGACCUUCCUUGAAGGCGAUCAUGUGUAUUUACUAUAAUACGUAAUCCACGCCAAUUUACUUGCCUCUGGUAGUAGGAAAAAGGCUUAGCUGGACCCGGUCUUUACCGGCGUCUAGGCUCUGCAGGUCCCUAGAUAUUGAUGAAUAACCAAGGCCGAUUCUUUAUUGCUCCAUGAUACGACGCAGAGUAAUUGUCAAUGAACUUAUUCUUUACCGAUAUAAUUAAAAAAAGAUACGCUCUUAUGGAUGAAAACUACGUAAGCGAUAUCGUCAGGGUUUAAUGACGUCAGGUGUCACUUAAAAUUGGCUUCUCGCCGUGAAGUAAUUGGAAAGACGAGAACGUAUCGUAGUGGUUUGUCAAUGUUGCUUAUUCAAAAGAAAUCGUGUUUCUUGAUAAUUUAAAUAAUUUUGGCGCUACAAUGUUUUUAUUGCUAAUAAUGGCUUUCUUUAUGUUUCAUUGAAAUAACAGUAACACUAAUGUCACCGACAUUGCAACAAGAAAUUGAUAUUUCUUUAACAAUGAAUACUACGAUAUCGACUGAUGACGGUAGCAUUUCGUCGAACAUAGCAAACGUGUUUAUUGCCAUCUGUUUAACAGUGAUAAUCUUACUGACAUUACUUGGAAAUAGCUUAAUAUGUCUGGUAUUGCUCCUCAAUGAACAUCUUCGAACUUUAACAAACUUCAUUCUUAUGUCGUUGAGUGUCGCUGACAUAUGUGUUGGGAUUCUUGUAAUGUCUUUGUCAGCACUUGAUAUUAUCAAUGAAAGAUGGAUCUUGGGAAAUGCCAUGUGUCGCAUUUGGACUUCAGUGGACGUGUCAUUUUGCUCCACAAGUAUAUUUCAUCUGUGUUAUAUUGCUCUGGAUCGCUACAUGGUCAUAUGCAGACCACUAAAAUAUGGCAAAUGGGUUCAAAAAAGGCGCCAGCAUUGUGUUACCAUCAUCUGCUGUUGGAUUAUUCCAGCAGCUCUGGCAAUCAUACCACUUCAGUUAGGUUGGCACACUAUUGGUAUUGCAGAUGAAAUUGGCGAAAUUGUUUUAGAACUUGGGCCAGAAAACUGCAUUUUUAUGGUGAAUAAAACAUAUGCAGUGGUCGGUUCUAUAGUCGCAUUCUACCUGCCAAGUAUCUUAAUGGCGUUAGCCUAUUUGCACGUGUACAAAGCGGCACUAAGGCAGGCAAAGGAGAUGUAUCGGAUGGAAAGUUUCCCCUCAACGUGCACCGAAUGCACAAAAUAUAGAAUUAUUGUUCAAUUGAGUCGCUCGGAGAAAAAAGCUACACAGACAAUAUUGAUUAUUAUGGGUUGCUUUAUUCUUCUAUGGUUGCCGUUUUUUAUAUUGAACAUUAUUGAUCCCUUCUGCAAUUAUUGUAUUAAUCGAACCGUGUGGCUGAUUAUCACGUGGUUUGGUUAUAUUAAUUCAAUGAUCAAUCCAAUUAUUUACAUUUCUUUUAAUAAACCUUUCCGUGUAGCUGUUUUUAAACUUCUCGGUUUCAAAACAUCGGCACGAGUGUAAAUUCAUUCCAUAUAAGCUGCAUAUAUAUUUUUGCCGUCAUAAAGUCAAUCGUAAAGUUCUAUAUUUUGCUGAUACCAGACGGCGAUUUUUCUCGUUAAUUAUGUACAUUAUCAAUUGGAAUGGGAACGAAAUACUGUCCAAUAAUACUGUAAUGAGCAAUGCACGGUUCAGAUUACCAGUUUGUUGAUAUACAAUGACAAAAAUCGUAUAGAUCUACAUUGGAACAAUUCGUUUUGUGAAUCUAGUGGUAUAUAGUCAUCUAUUAUUAACACUGAGCCACAAAGUAAUAUAGAGGUAUACUGGUAAGACUAAGAGUACCAGUUUGCCAUUUUGCUCGCCAUAUAAUUGUAAUUUGAGAGGGAAUUACGGGAGGAAAUAUUCGAACGACAAGUCAGAGUUAAAAUCUAAAAUUAACUUUAUUCUACUAUUCUAUAACGCCUUGUUUAUAACGCCCAAUCAUUCAAUUCCUCCCUCUUCUAUAGUAUACCGAAACAAACCGAAUGGGCUUAAUCUCAAAAAGAAGCCCAUCGAAAAGAUUCCUACUCUUUAGCUUGAUUUUUAUAAUAUAUAAUUUAUAUGUAUAUAUUUAGUUUUCCAACUAUCGUCGUCGGCAUGAUAACAACUCCUGGUUUAAAGGUCUAAUUGAAGAUUGGUUGGAAAAUGUCUUCAGUAGUUCUUAAAAUCUUUUAUUGUAGCAAUUCCCAUUAACAACAUUUAUUUUGAAAAGAAUCCCCCUCCCCCCACCUUCCAAUUUGCACAAGUAAUCUCGAAAAAGAAUCCAUUCUCAAAAAGAUGCCCAUCAGUAGGGGCCUAAAAAAGAAAAGGGCUUCAGAAUUCCAGUACGGCAAAUAGGCCUAAACCUUUGGAGAAUAUGCACAUUUUCAUAAUUUUAACAAAGGUUCCUAUUUGACCGGAUUUUGAAUUAUAUAUUCAC